AUGGAGGAAGACCCCUUGCUGUCAGACCUUAUUGAUCAAGAAUGGACCAUCCCUGAACCGUCAGAGGAACUCAAAAAUCUGAUGAAAAUAUACCCUGUGGUCCUGAUCACUCCAGAGGAAUACAAUGAAUGGUGCAGACCAUGGAAUAGAUCGCUUAUAAUAACUGUUCUGGGGGCAAAGUUUAAUGUCUACAGGUUGAAGGAAAGCCUGACCAAAGCAUGGAAAUUCGACAACUUUGAACUGAUCGAUUUACCAAACAACUACUAUGUUGUGCGUUUUAAAAACCCAGAAAUGUGGGGAGACCAAUAUAAAAGAGUCCUCUUUGAAGGUCCCUGGAUUGUGGGGCAACAUUCGGUGCUAGUGCAAAGGUGGUCACCUUAUUUUGACCCCUUUAACAAUCCAUUAGGAAGGGUGGCAACAUGGGUCAGAAUCCCACACAUCCCGUUGUUAUGCUAUACAAAGAACUUCAUUUGGAGACUGGGUGACAUGAUCGGAAAGACCCUGAAGGUUGACAUGAAUACCAUAGCUAACCUGGAAGAUAAAGAAGCAAGGGUAGAAAGAGGAAGGUAUGCGAGAAUAUGCGUUGAAAUUGACUUACAGAAGAAGUUGAUCCCCAGAAUAAUAUCGGCAUCAGCGCUGUUCAAUGUGGAAUAUGAAGGAUUGGGUCUCAUAUGUUUUCAAUGUGGAAGAUAUGGGCAUAGAAAAGAGGUGUGUCCAUGGAAGAAAUCAGCCGAAAAAGUAGAGAGUCAACAAGGAGGAAGCCCCUCAUCACCCCCACCAAAGAUGUCGCCAGCGAAAUCUCUACCGGCUGAGGAAGAUCAGUUUGGGCCAUAG